AUGGGUGAGAGAUGGCAGGUGCCAGGGCAAGCGUGGAUGCUUGUAGAUUCCUCCGAAAUAUGUGGCAGUGAGAACUCAGACGUUGAGUACGACAAGGAGUUCACACCUCACCAGCGGCACCACAAGGAAUUCAAAUUUAAUUUGUCUCAGAUUCCUGAGGGGGAGGCCGUCACAGCCGCUGAGUUUCGAAUCUACAAGGACUGCGUUUUAGGAAGCUUUAAAAACCAAACCUUCCUUAUCAGCAUCUACCAAGUGCUGCAGGAACAUCAGAACAGGGCCUCUGACCUGUUUCUGCUGGACACGCGGGCAGUGUGGGCAUCAGAGGAGGGCUGGCUGGAGUUUGAUGUCACUGCAACCAGUAACAUGUGGGUGAUGAACCCUCAGCACAACAUGGGACUGCAGCUGAGCGUGGUGACCCGGGACGGUUUCAGUGUAAAUCCUAGAGAAGCAGGCCUUGUAGGGCGAGAUGGCCCUUAUGACAAACAGCCUUUCAUGGUGGCCUUCUUCAAAGUGAGCGAAGUUCACCUACGGACCACUAGGUCAGCGACAAGCAGGCGCAGGCAGCAGAGUCGGAACCGCUCCACCCAGACUCAAGACGUUUCCAGGGUGUCAAGUGUCACAGAUUACAACAGCAGUGACUUAAAAACAGCGUGCAGAAAGCAUGAGCUUUACGUUAGCUUCCAAGACUUGGGAUGGCAGGACUGGAUAAUCGCUCCAAAGGGCUACGCAGCCAACUACUGUGAUGGGGAGUGCUCAUUCCCACUCAAUGCCCAUAUGAACGCAACCAAUCAUGCCAUUGUCCAAACUCUGGUUCAUCUUAUGAAUCCUGAUUACGUUCCCAAACCAUGCUGUGCACCUACCAAACUAAAUGCCAUAUCUGUUCUUUACUUUGAUGAUAAUUCUAAUGUAAUCUUGAAGAAAUACAGGAAUAUGGUAGUAAGAGCUUGUGGAUGUCACUGACAAACAGUCUUCACAUGGACUCUGUGAUGCUACCAUGAACUUUGAUACAACCUUCCCUGCUUUCAGGAGCUUGGAGAGAAAAGCAUGUGAUAAACCACCUUUCAGAACACCACGUAUGUGCCUUGUGGGGGGACAGGGUGUAGAGACCACCCCUUGGGGUGUUAACAAACUGCUGGACUUCUUAUAGACUGACCCUACGCCACAGUGGCUACUCAGCUCAGCGGCAGCAGCAAUAUGCCCACACAUGCUUUAUUUGGCUGGGAUGGUCUUAAUCUCACAUAGCAGCUUGGCCUUUAGCAGUUGCUUAGACAUAUGCUGAUUUUUAUCAAAUGGGCUAACAACACCCAAAAAAAGUGAGGUCUUUUUCUUGGGGGUGGGGAGGGAAGACGAGGGGGAGAGGCAGAGAAGCUAAAGAAAGUGUUGGCACUUUGGUCGUAGAGCAUAUGUCUCAUGCAAGAUCGUUUUGCCCAGAAGGACCAGCUACUAUGCCUAGGCUGUUAGUCUCCUCCUGACAGCUGUCAUGACAGUAAGCAUCCAAAAUUGUGCCAAAGUAAAUGUUUCAGUUCUCUUAUGCUCCAAGCACUGUUUAACUCUGAUCCUGCAAGCAUAAGAUGGCUUGGCUGCACCAUGUGUUAGAAACACUACCAGGAACUCAGGCCCUGGCUGGUCUUGCCAGUUCACUCUCUGACUGAGCAGUACAACUUUAUACACUUGUUCUUAUGCAACUUCCUUCCCCUCCCCUCAUGACGUGGCCUCAUCUACUACCAAUUGCCCAGGAAGGAAGUCAGGACACUUCUAAAGCUGUAAUUCAGAUGUAAAAGUUUAGGAGCCAUUCAUUCUCUAGCUGGACAGUUUGUUUACAGGAAGACAGAAUGUCAACAACAUUUGCAACCUUUUCCAUUCAACUCACACAACUAACAAACUGGUUUAAAGGAUAUGCAGUGUAGCCAUGCUUUGUCUAGCAGAAGCUAAUAGCAAAUUGUUUUGAUCAAUAUUAAACUUGUAUUAAAUGCACUUACCUCUACUUGCAUUUAAAAGGCUUCUUGUAAAUACAAGCUAUAAUUUAUUGCACUUGUCACUGUAUAUUCAUUGUUCUGUAUCAUUUAUAGAAAGACUGCUUUUUUAAAAAGUUUUUAUUUAGAAAAAUCUCAGUGUAAACAAUUGUACCACUUUGAUUUUAUACAAGAAACUCAUGAGAUUGUGCUUCACUAGAAAGUUGUUAAAAACGUAAUAAAGGCUUCCUGUAAGGCAGAAGUAUACA